AUGAAAGCGUCGCCCGAUGCGAGCCUUGGGCCGCAGGGACGCUGCCGGCUGCGUUUAAGAGAACGGCAGCAUGAGGCGGAGGCGUUUGCGCUGCGGAGCCUGACGUCGAGCACCACCCGCCGAUUCCGGCUCUCGCUGCAGUUUCGUACUUAUCUUGCUGCUGCUGUCGUCCGUCUUGCCGUCGUCCUGCCCCUUUCACCUCGCACCUCAACGUCCACCGCCAGCCUCGCCCUCGCCCUCACUGCUGCUCCCACGUCUACGCGCCCGUUCUGCUGUCCUCCCGCUCGCGCCCACGCCUGCGUGCUCGCAACAACGGCGUCCCAGGCUCAAGCUGCCCCGUCGUCACCACCGCGUUCGACUGCGCCGGCCCGCUGGAGCUUGACCAACCGCAUCUUCAACUUCAACUUCCGCUCCUCGACCCCCCGCCCGCCAGCCUCGCGCCUGUGGAACCCCGUCAACUCGUCGCCGCGCACCCUCGCCCUCCCGAACCUCCCCAUCCACCACCCGCAGCUCCACCACCAGCCCCCCGAGGGCCGCGACGAGUACCCGCUGCUCACCCUGCCCGAGCAGCGCCGCAGCCGCAACAGCGUCGCACCGUCCUCCCUCGUCGUCGAGCGUAGCACAGGCGGCGAGAGCAGUCGCACAAGCAUCGGCCUGCCGCGAGACCGGCGAAGCCUAGCCGUCGACCCCGACGCUCCCACGACCCCCCGACUGCCCAUGGGCGUGGAGCAGAUGGCCGCGAAAGCCGCGGGCGUGGACGAUGUCCCUCUGCCCUCCACCAACACCAACGACCGGGAAUCCGGGCCGCGCCCGCUCAAAAACUCGACCUCCCGCGCCUCCCUCCCCCUCGACCGCCAGCCGUCGGUCGGAUCGCACCGCCGCUCGCUGGCCGGCACUGCGUCCGCCCCAGGCGACGACGACGCAAACUCGGACUACGAGUGGGGCCCCGCGCACCCCUGCUUCCCUCACCCGAACCCGCACGUGCCGCUGUCGUCGCCGCUGCACGCCUCGACGCGCAUCAUCCGCGUGCGGCGCGACUGGAUGGCGCACGGCGACCUGGGCCCCGCGUUCGCGAACCUGUACCCGGAGAUCCUGGACCCGCUGGUCUCUGAGGACGACUUCCGCGCCUUGAUCAAGCGGGUGAAUGACGAGCUGGCGGUGGCGUUUAACCCGACGAGCUGGCGCGCGUGGGUGGAUGCAUUGAUGGGGGUGGCGACGCUGUGGUUGUGGGAUGAUGUGGGGAUGAGCGCGGUGAAGGGGCGAUUGGCACGGUUGGAGGCGUGGCUGGAGCAGUGGAAUCGCGAUGUGGGGGAGAAGGAGGGGGUGCGGGUUGUGCCGUUGAGGAGGACGGGGUAUUUGACUCUGGAUAUCCAAAUCCCCGACCCCCAUAUCGGCCUCGACACCUCCUCCGCCUCGCGCCCCGGCACCCAUUCCCAUACCGACGAUCACCCCGUCUCGGCCACCCGCUCGAACAGCAGCCCGCGUAGCGCUACCGCGCCCCAGAUUCGUGCGGAGUUUGGCUCGUAUCCUAUCAACACGGAUAUGGGCAUGGGUCCCGCUAUGCCCCCAGCCAUUGAGAGCCGCUCCUAACUUCCCCCCCACCAAACAAAAAGCCCCCUUUCCUGAAUUAGUGGGAAACAGCCUCUGUAGCCGUUGUCUGUCUUUGUAGUGUAGCAUUAAGCAUGGUCGUUGAGGCGUCUUAUCUGUUUUUUUUGUAUCCAAUUUAACUGUCCGCAGCGUCUACGUUCAAUAUCUUUGUUUUCUUGUAUUAUUGUGGAGGAAAAAGUUUCGGGUACUGGUCUUUGGACAGAUCAUGGCUAGAGAAAGCGUGGAUAGGUGGGCCCGUGGAGGCAGGCGGGAGUAUAUACCCCUGGGAAUAGUGUUUAUUUGUGUUUAUGUAGUAGGGUGGGAGGUUGAGAAUAUAUCCAUUUGUUUUGUCAG